AUGUUCUGCUACGAGGAGGGCCUGGCGGCGGCCUUCUCGGCCCUGCUGGCCGCCUCGCUGGCCCUGAGCCGCAGCCCCGCGCUCGCCUGCCUGCUGGCCGGCGGCCUCUACCUGGCGCUGCGCCUCUUCAGCCUCGAGCCCGUCGCCCCGCAGCGAGCCCAGCUGGUCGUCCGGCCCCGCGGCGGGCCCGCCCGCAUCGCCCACCGCGGCGGCGGCCACGACGCGCCCGAGAACACCCUGGCCGCCAUCAGGCAGGCAGCUGAGAAUGGAGCAACCGGUGUUGAGUUGGACCUCGAAUUCACUGCCGACGGCGUUCCUAUCCUGAUGCACGACGAAACAGUAGACAGGACCACCAACGGAUCUGGAAGCUUGCGUGACUUGACCUUCGCUGAGGUCAGAAAAUUUAACCCAGCCGCUAAACACAGAUUACGGAAGGAUUACCGUGGGGAGAAAAUACCAACGCUGAGAGAAGCUGUUUUGGAAAGCAUGCAUUAUGACCUCAUCAUCUAUUUCGACGUGAAGGGCCACGCAGACCAGGCCGUUGCAGCCCUAAAACACCUCUACCUGGAAUAUCCUCGGCUGUACAACACUAGCGUUGUUUGUUCUUUCAUGCCAGAUGUCGUCUACAAGAUGAGGCAAGCCGACCGGAACGUGGUGACCGCUCUGACCCACAGGCCGUGGAGCUUCAGUCACUGGGGUGACGGGAGGCCUCGCUACGACUCCUUCUGGAAGCACUACUUGACUCUUGCCUUCGAUGUGGUCAUGGACUGGAGCAUUCACAAUUUCCUGUGGCAUUUUUGCGGAGCUUCUGUUUUUCUGGUGCAGAAAAACUUUGUCUCGCAGGAGUACGUGAGACAGUGGUCUGCCAGAGGAAUCCAGGUGGUCGCUUGGACGGUCAACACGCUUGCCGAAAAGAUGUACUAUGAAAACGUCCUCCAGGCCAGCUACAUCACCGACAGCUUUAUUGAGGACUGCGACCCACACUACUAG